AUGCAUUAUCUACAUUCACUAGCUUGCGCUUUGGCGCUUGCUCCCUCUGUUGCGUUUGCUGCACCUGCCUCGUCAGGCUUCCUGGAGAAUCCGUACAUCGGCAAGGAAGCAUACGCAAACCAGGAAUACGCGAAUAAACUGGAAGAAACCAUCCAGUAUUUUAACGAAUUAAAUGACGACCUUAAUGCGGCAAGGACGAGGACAGUCCAGAAAAUCCCUACCUUUGCUUGGAUAUCGGCUUCAUCAGACGUCGACAAAAUAGAGGGUCUUGUCCAGGAAACUCUCGCCGCUCAGAUAGAGACAAAAAAGCAGCAGAUUCUGCAACUCGUGGUUUAUAACUUGCCUGACCGCGACUGCUCCGCCGGCGCUUCUGACGGGGAGUUCAAACUCGAUGAAGAUGGCCUCAGCAAGUACAAAAAUUACAUUGACACUAUUGCCAAUGAACUGAGCACCCCCGAUGCUGAAAAGAUCAACUUUGUUGUCAUCCUUGAACCUGACUCGCUCGCAAAUGUUGUUACCAGCCUGGGCGUUCCCAGCUGCGCAAAAGCUGCCCCUGCCUACAAAGAGGGAAUCUCGUACGCCAUUGCGAAACUCCAGCUCCCUAAUCUCUCCAUCUACAUCGACGCUGCUAACGGAGGCUGGCUCGGCUGGGACGAGAACCUCAAACCUACCGCCACCUUGCUCGCCGAAAUCCUCCAGAGGGCUCAGGAGAUCAAAGCUGGAUCCACAGUCCGCGGCGUCGCUAUCAACGUCUCCAACUUCAACGAAUACCUCGCCCUCGUCCGCGAGAAUUUUACGGAGCUGUCAAAUAGCUGGGAUGAAAGUCACUAUGCCCAGUCACUUGCGCCACACCUCGAGGAAGCCGGCUUCCCCGCUCACUUCAUCGUCGACCAGACGCGCGCGGGCAGGGGCGGCAUCCGCACCGAAUGGGGCCAGUGGUGUAACGUACGAGGCGCAGGCUUCGGUACACGCCCGACGGCGGACCAGGCGGUGCUGCAGAAUCCGUAUGUGGACGCUAUUGUGUGGGUUAAGCCUGGAGGCGAGUCUGAUGGUACGUCGGAUCGCAAUGCUUCCCGUUUUGCUGAGACUUGCGCGGGGCCGGUGGCGCAUGUCCCUGCGCCUGAAGCUGGGUCAUGGUUCAACGAGUACGCUGCAAAUUUGGUUAUGUUGGCCAACCCUGAGUUAGAACCAACGUUCUAG